UGCUUCUCUGAAGGAUGGACAUGACGGAUGGCUGCCAGUUCUCCCCUUCUGAGUACUUCUAUGAAGGCUCCUGUAUCCCCUCACCAGAGGAUGAGUUUGGGGACCAGUUUGAGCCAAGAGUGGCAGCCUUCGGGGCACACAAAGCUGAGCUGCAGGGCUCAGACGAUGAGGAGCACGUGCGUGCACCUACCGGCCACCACCAGGCUGGCCACUGCCUCAUGUGGGCUUGCAAAGCUUGCAAGAGGAAGUCCACUACCAUGGAUCGGCGCAAGGCCGCCACCAUGCGCGAGCGCAGACGCCUGAAGAAAGUCAACCAAGCUUUCGAGACACUUAAGAGGUACACCACCGCCAACCCUAACCAGAGACUCCCCAAGGUGGAGAUCCUCAGGAACGCCAUCCGCUACAUUGAGAGCCUCCAGGAGCUGCUGAGGGAACAGGUGGAGAACUAUUACAGCCUGCCGGAACAGAGCUGCUCCGAGCCCACCAGCCCCACCUCCAACUGCUCGGAUGGCAUGCCUGAAUGUAACAGCCCUGUCUGGUCCCGAAAGAACAGCGGCUUUGACAGCAUCUACUGUCCUGAUGUAUCAAAUGCAUGUGCUGCAGAUAAAAGCUCCUUGUCCAGCUUGGAUUGCUUGUCCAGCAUAGUGGAUCGGAUCACGUCUGCAGAGCCAUCUGAGUUGGCUCUUCAGGACACAGCUUCCCUCUCUCCAGCGGCCAGCACCAACUCACAGCCUGCUACCCCCGGAUCCUCCAGCUCUAGACUUAUCUAUCAUGUACUAUGAACU